AUGACUUGCUCAGCUGCUGAUUGUGUGUGUGCUAAGAAAUCUACUUGUUCUUGUGGAUCGAAGCCAGCGAUGCAAUGCACUUGCGAAAAGGCUGCUCAAGAAAAUAAGACCCCAGCUCCCGAUAAUGCUUGUGCAUGUGGCAUGAGAAACAAAGGUAAGUGUACGUGUGGCGUCACGGAGGGCUGCCAGGAAAGAGAGGGUGAGGUUGACUAUACACACCUUAAAUAA